AUGUCUGUGCCCCAGAUCCGCGUAGAGGAAGCGGGCGGGGAGGAGGGGGCCGGAGCCGUGGCGCCGCCCGACGACCACCUCCGGAGCCUGAAGGCCCUCACCGAGAAGCUGCGGCUGGAGACCCGCAGGCCCUCCUACCUGGAAUGGCAGGCCCGGCUGGAAGGGCAGACGUGGCCCUUCCCACGGCCGGCGGCGACCGUGGGGCCAGAGACGAGCUUGGCGCAGGAGGCGCGUGGGGCGGAGGAGCCCUUACUGCCGCCGAGAGAGCCCAGGCAGCAUCCCUGCCCGGCCAGGAGUGCCAGCCCGGGCCCCGGGCCCCAGUCUGCCGGCAAGCUGGAAGGCUUUGAGAGCAUCGAUGAAGCUAUAGCCUGGCUCAGGAAGGAACUGACGGAGAUGCGGCUGCAGGACCAGCAGCUGGCCCGGCAGCUCAUGCGCCUGCGCGGCGACAUCAACAAGCUGAAGAUCGAGCACACCUGCCGCCUUCACCGGCGGAUGCUCAAUGAUGCCACCUACGAGCUGGAGGAGCGGGACGAGCUGGCCGACCUCGUCUGCGACUCCCCGCUGGCCUCCUCCUUCAGCCUCUCCACGCCGCUCAAGCUCAUCGGGGUCACCAAGAUGAACAUCAACUCCCGGAGGUUCUCCCUCUGCUGA